AUGCAAGAAAACAGCGACAUUUCGACAAUCGACAAGUUCAAUUAUCUGAAUUCUCUGCUCGAAGGGACGCCGCAAGGACCGUGGAAUACCGGUCACUUCGCAAACGUGUCACUUCGCAAACUGUCACUUCGCAAACGUCCUUUGUCACUUCGCAAACGCAUCCAAGUCGAUUCGCAAACGUCUUCGAAUUAUUUUUAAAAAGGUUGAUAUAACUUCAUAUUAUGUUUCUUUACAAUCUUUUAUCGAAAAAAGUUUGGGACUGUUAUUGCCUUCAAAUCAAAUACAUUUCUUGUUGCUGUGCAAAACUAAGUAGUUGUACAUUAUUAUUAGCGUUUCGCAGUUAAUACGUCUAAUUCUUCAACAACUCUAACGCGGUUUCGAUCGAAGCAUAGAUAGAUGUAAAUUUGUGUCUUGUUCCUCUUUUACAUCUAUCUUGGAUAUGUAUUCAAUACCCUGUCUUCACUUCGUGCGUUCCAGCUUACACGGUUGUCGUCAAUCACACAGAAACCAUCACAUUUGUAAAUAUUUGUAAAUACUAGAGUAUAGUUUAGUAGAUCGUCGAUCAGUCGAGUCACGCAAUCAAUUCAUCAUUUAUAAUGAUUAAAAGUAACGUGAUUCUCUUCUGUUGAUUUUCGUUGAUUCAUAUUACGUUUGCGAAUCGACCGAGGACGUUUGCGAACUGACAGUUUGCGAAGUGACACGUUUGCGAACUGACAGUUUGCGAAGUGACACGUUUGCGAACUGACAGUUUGCGAAGUGACACGUUUGCGAAGUGACCGGAUACCGGACCGUGCAUGGUCUUACACUCACAAGUUCAAAUUACGAUGUUGCCGUUGAAAUGAUACAGGAGCGUUAUGGCAAACCUCAGAUUAUCAUAUCAGUGUACAUGGGUGAGAUUUUGAAGAUUCAGCCAUGUGUCGAAGGAGGACGACUUGGUCCGUUACAAUAUGUUUACGACAAAAUCAGCGUGCACGUUAGAGGUUUAGCUGCGAUGGGUGUUUCAUCAAAGGAGUAUGGAAGUCUUCUCAUUCCGAUCAUUAUGUCCAAACUUUCCAGCGAUGUUCGACUACAAAUUUCACGCAAGUCUACAAAUGAAGUUUGGGAAAUUGAUGAGCUUCUCGACACCAUAAAGUCUGAAAUUGAUGCCCGGGAAGCAAGCGAAGGAGCGAAAUCGAGCGGUGUUGAGAAUCGCAAGCCUCCUAUUAAUCCUAUACACGACAAUCGAAACAUCCCACCAAAUGCAAACGCCUUGGUCGCAAAGGGCCCCGAAGAAUUUAAAAUUCGUUGUGCUUACUGCGAAAGUCUACAUUAUUCCGCCUCUUGUGACAAGGUGUUCAAUUGUGAAAGCCGAAAGAAGGUUCUUGCGAACAGCAACUGA